GACUCGUUCUCAACCUGGAGCUGGCGGGCUUUAUGAGUCAACAGUCCCCCCUCAGAAGCUGUGCCUGUCUCUUUCCAGUUACAAUUGUUUCCACAGACCCGGUCGGUCGUUAAUCGAUUGAUUCGCUUUGCUCGUGCUUGUGCUUGUGCUGUGCAGCCGACGACUCGAUCUAGCCCCUGGCCUGGUCUCGCCCUUUCCCUUUUUUUUCUCUCGCUGCAGAGAAGUAUCGAGUAGGGGAAGUGACCCCACAGGUGAGAAGGGAUUGGAUAUCUUCAUCUUCAUUACCGGGCUAUUUCCCCUAAAACUCCCCUUGCUGGGUCGUGUCGUGUCGUACACUGCAUUGCAUUGCUUCGUCCUGACUCGUUGAGUCGAGCGAGCGAGUGAAGCAGACAGGAGCGAUCAGACGCGAGACGAGGCAGGACCCUUCUUGCCAGGUCGGAAGAGGUUUUCCUCUUGACUGAAAGGCAAGGAACCUCGUUGAGGUAAGGUUGGCUCGUCGAGCGAGUGGAUACACAACGACUCAUCCUCGUUCGUCUACCCCCACACUCUCAGACACAAACCUCCAUUCCGCCUCAGUCAGCCUUUUUCCCUCUCGCCUCGGUCUUGUUCCGCUUCAACUGCCGGGGACAAACCCACUCCGAGACGGGGGCUUCCUCCCGCUUCCGCUCCGAUGGCCUCCGGUCCCGAUACCCCAGGCACCGUUCAGAGUCCCGCUGGCUUCGGCCCUGGCCCGGACGAUGAUUCGGCUUCCCUCAAACGCGACGCCGACGCGGUCAACCCAAGCUCACCCGCUGGUGGUGAUGAUGGCGCAAAGAGGAGGAAGAAGGCUGGUCCUGGAAGUCGAGGUGUCGCCAAUUUGACACCUGAGCAACUUGCUAAGAAGAGAGCGAAUGACCGUGAGGCUCAGCGGGCCAUUCGUGAGCGGACCAAGAAUCAGAUCGAGGAUCUUCAGCGCCAGAUCCAGGAACUCACCAACCAGCAACCCUACCAAGAACUACAGAGCGUUCUUCGUGCCAAAGAAGCUGUUGAGCAAGAGAAUGCCGACAUCAAGCGUCGUUUAGCUGGCAUAGUUGCCAUGCUCCAGCCCAUUAUUGGUCAAGCUGGCAUUGAACAAGCAUACGUAUCACCAGCUCAGACGUAUGCGCCCCCAGUACAGCACUCUGUUACUCUGGCCGUCCACAAUAAUCACCAUAACAAUGCAAACGCUGCUUCGACACCCGGCAGUGUUGCGUCUCCUCCAAGUCAUGACCCUCCACCAAGUCAGGGUCACUGGCAUCACCAGGGGCACCAUGCGCCUCCUCAACAUCACCACUCACCCCAUCCACCUCCUGGCCCACCAAGCACUGCUGAAGCUCAGGCUGCCAGCCAAUUGACUCAACAGCGCAGAAAUCUCCAACAUGGACUCGAUAUGGGCCCUGAACGUCUUGGACUAGAAUUCCUACUCGAACCAUCUCAGCGGGUGAACCGGAUACAGAAUGGUGUCAACGGCGCCCAAGACACGCCACAGUUCCGCCAUAUACCUAUGAAGCACGACUGGACAGGCGUCAAUCAAGAGCGUGCGUUGCAUAGUCGGUCGGCAAGCUGGGGCUCUCAAGGAAAGCCAGGCCAGCCGUCACAGGAGCAACAGCAAGGCCAGCAUCAACCCCCAUCCCACCAUACACUGUCGGCUGCCCAUACACCCGAAAGCUCGCACAGUCCCGGCUAUAGCCCUGCCAUGAGUACAGCUGGUGGACCUGUUCCUCGCAGUGAACCCAGCACUACCGAUCCUGCAACCCCCAUCAAGAAUUGCCCACCGACCUGUCCUCUUGACUCUUUACUACUCGAUUUCCUCAGCGAACGUCGCCAACGUGCUGCGGAUGGGCUGCCUGCUCAGGAUGUUGUUGGUCCUCGUUAUCCUUCUGUCUCAUCACUUCUCAACCCUGCCAACAGCGCUUACAGUCACCCUCUCUCCAAAGUCUUCACCGAUAUCCUCGCCACCUUUCCUGACAUUUCGACUCUCCCUGAGCGUGUAGCCGUGCUUUACAUCAUGUUUCUUGUCAUGCGCUGGCAAAUAGAACCUACUCAGGAGAACUAUGAUCGGCUCCCAAAAUGGAUGGCGCCAUGCCCUUCUCAGCUCACCAUUCCACAUGCUGCCUGGCUUGACCACAUCCCCUUCCCUAAGAUGCGAGAUUAUCUUGUUCGCGAUCACAACCCGCUUCUUCACCCCUUUGAUAAUUUCUUUGUCCCGUUUACCACAACUCUAUCGUUGUCUUGGCCAUACGAGGAGACCGACACGUUACUUCAGGACCCAGACAGUGAUGAGCUCAUGAUCAAUCCCGUCUUUGAGCGCCAUCUACGGAACCUGGAUAAUUGGAAGUUGGGUGAUGCUUUUGCCAAGGCCUUUCCUAAGCUAGUUGGAACAUUCAACCUCAGCCUAUCUACUUCGCCACGACCAACUUCGUCCAGUAGCCGAUGACACAGGUGCUAGAAAAGUACUGUUUUGAAGUAACUACUCUGUACAACAAUGUUUAUCUCGCGAUCGGCGUCUUGUGUGUUCGUUCCUCCAAGUCUUGGAGGGUUGACUUCGGGUUGUCUUUGUCCAAGGGAAAAGGGGAUGUCAUAUUGUGACGGGAUUUCUGGACCAUGGUUGUUGCCAGGCCAGGGUACACGGUAUUUACCGCACUUAUCGGAGUUCUUUGUUUUCAGAGCCACCAAAAUACGUAUCCAUGCAUGUUCGCACGCGGGUUAAGGGUAUAAUCACUAGGUUUAGGUAAGUAAAGCAGCGAGUGACUUGGAUGGUAGCCAACGAAAACCCCGUUGCUGUUUGAAGACUUUAGGAUGAAGUUCCCCCGGGGCAAUCCAAUCUUUUCAAAAGCUGGCCUAGGUCUAGUCUAAAUUUAUACAACCUCAUUAUAAUGACCCUAAAUUCUAG